CGGAUACGGAGGGGUGUGCCGGAGCGGAUGAGGGUGGUGGACUUCCGCCCGCCCCGAGGAGCCACGGACCUGCGGAGAAAUGGACAUUACAGAGAAUUCUCCUUGGCAGUCUCCUGGUUCUGGCCACCUUCAUGACUAUAUGCAAUGCUGAAUGCUAUGUCAUACCUUUGGAGAAAGUUCCAGAUGGUUCCCGGACUGAAUGCAAGGAUCUUUAUGGAGUCACACACCCCUUGAAAUCAUCUUGGAGGACUUUCCACUGUGAUGACUGUUACUGUGAAGAAAAUGAAAUAAGCUGCUGUAAAUUAGCUCCUGUACCUGUGGACUAUGACAAAAUUCUGUGCCGUGUCACCUUCCACAGGAACAACUGCAGCUAUUCUGUUACGGAGUACCGGGACCCAGGAAAGGCCUGUGUUGUUCGUAAGUGGGUAUUAUAAGUUCCUCCUGCAGGCCUAGAGCUCCCAGGAUAGCAACCCUCAUGCUGUAGCCUCUGAUACUCUGUGACUUCGUAAUCAUACACAGCAAUAAAAUUCUUUCUUGAGCAAAUACUUUUCUUGAGCAAACACUUGUGUUCUUGUAAUUUGUCAAUUAUGUUGGCUAUGAUUGGACCCGUGUUACAAAGCACACAUUUAUUUAACGAGACAAAAUCAAUUUAAAUGAAAUUUAAGCCACAUUUCCCGCACUGUGCUGGUGAUCUGCAUCCCUCUCCUGUGGACCGCAAGCGCCUCUGUGCUUCUCACACAUCAGUCUUCGCUCCUGUGUCUUGCAAUGUGGUGACAAAGGAACAGCAAGUGAGGCUCCUGGAUGGAACCCAAUACACAGUGUCAGAACCAGACUAAGAAGCCAAAGAACAUACAAAAUGGAAAAGAAUUGUGUUAAGUCAAAGUACAUUUUUAGAUAAAUUGUACCCAAUCAAUUCCAAUAUGUAAUUUUUUUCUCUCUUUUCCUGUCAUGUGAUUUUUUUUCAUAAUUAUAUGCAUAAAGCUUUUUCAUAUAAAAGAAACCAUGUGACAUUUA